AUGAAUUAUAAGCCCAAUUUAAAGAUGGAUAGCACUUCUGGAUCAUUUAAAAAAUAAGAAUAAGCUUUGUCUUUAGAGGGCACAUAAAAAUCAGAUUCUACUGUUAUCAAUUCGAAACCCAAUUUUGCCAGCAAACCAUCUUUCAAUAUUCGCAACCGUUCCACUCAACCACUAGAAUAAGAAACUUAGUUAACAAGCACUAAUGAUGAAUUCUUUAAAACAGGGACGUUUCAAGAGAAAGUACCUCUUAAGGAUAGAAUCUAACGAUCAGACGAAAAGAAAAAUACAGCUCCUCUCAAUCAAGGACUUUACUUACCUGGACAGGAGGAGUUAUUUAGGAAAUAAAUCUAAGUCGAAAAGAAGGAAGUCUAAUAAACUUAAGAAAAAAAAGAAGUUUACUAGGGUAAACAAACUUAAUCAGAUUCCUAUAUGCCUUCUAUUGGUAAUCAGAAUAAACGAGAAGCAGCAUUAUUAGGGUCAAAAAAUCCCAUUGAAAAUAAAUUAGCAGUGGCAGAUCAAACCAAAGUGCAAUAAUAACUUGAGGAAGCUGAACCAAUUGAAGAUCUAGAAUUAGUGCUUUGUCCUGAGGGUUGUGGAAGACAAUUUAAAUAGGAUGUUUUAGAAAAGCAUACUAAAGUGUGCAAACAAGUUUUUCAAUAGAAAAGAUAAGAAUUCAACUCCAAAUAAGCAAGAAUAGUUUCAAAUGAUUAAUAAAAAUUAAUGCGACAAGGUUAAAUAAAGGAGAAGCAAUUAUAAAAGAAAUAGGGCAAAGCUCCUCUAGAUCCAAAUUGGAAAAAACAAUCUGAAGAAUUGCGAAAUAUAAUAAAAGAUCAGAAGUAAUAGCAAUGA